CAACCCGUCACUUUGUUUGGUUGUCGUUGAACUGGCUCACACCAAAGCAGCGUGAGGCUAGCAAUGACCUGGUGCUCGUCCUCGCUUGCGGGAAGAAGAGGUCCACAAAGUGCACCAGUCGUCGUCGUCGUCGUCAUCGUCGUCGGUUGUCGUCGUCCGCGCGCAACCGCCCAACGGGGUUUUCGAAGAAAGGCGCGUUGGAACGUGGGCGUCACCAGCUGCUGCGGCCUUGACACCUUGAUCCGCAUUCACUUUUCAAUUGUAUCGCUCUCGUCUCGCAUGUCGACACUGCGCGAGUCAUCUGCCUUGCGCGCACUGAGCGUCGCGGGCAUCGUCCGCAGCAUUGCGUCGUACCAAGACGGCAUUCUCGAGGACCUCCGUCCGUUCCUGGGCUUUGACUACAAGCAAUGGGUCAACACGCCGUUCGACAAGCGCCUCCUGGUGCAGCUCGAGCCCUUCCAUGCGCUCCUCGUGCCGUGGCUCGCUGACCACUCGAUCGACCGGCUUUCGCAGCUCUUUGCAGCCUUGCCGGACGUCGCGCCGCUCGUGACCGAGACCGCCAUCUACUACGGCCACGACGAUCUUGUCGCGCACCUCUCGGUGCACUGGCGGCACAAGGCGACGUCGCUUCGGUCCAUGGACUUGGCGGCGUGGGCCGGACACUUUGCGAUCCUCCAGCGUCUCCACGAAGACGACUUUGGUGGGUGCUCGCACUUGGCGAUGGACUGGGGCGCGCGCGGCGGUCACUUGGACAUUGUCCAGUUUCUCCACGAGCAGCGCACCGAAGGCUGCACGACGGAAGCCAUGAACUGGGCGGCGAACCUCGGCCACUUUGAGAUUGUGAAGUUCCUCCACUUCAAGCGCACCGAAGGCUGCACGAAGGAGGCGCUCAACUGGUCGGCGGGCAACGGGCACCUCGAGGUCGUUCGGUUUCUGCACACGCACCGGCGCGAAGGCAUGACUGAGUACGGUAUGAACAUGGCAGGCUACAACGGCCACGUGGCGACCAUCGAUUUCCUCCACAACAAUCGGACCGAAGGCUGCACCGAGUGGGCGAUGACGUGGGCGGCGUCUCAAGGCCACAUGGACGUCGUCCAGUACCUCCAUGCAAACCGCACCGAGGGCUGCUGCGCCCACACGCUGAGCUGGGCGGCGUCCCGCGGCGACUUUGCGAUGGCCGAGUUUCUCUUGACGCACGGCUACUGCGACAACAAGAUCGAGGCCAUGCGCCACGCCGCCCGCGUCGGCCAGUUUGACAUGUGCGCGUAUCUCUACGAAGACGGCAUGGACGUCCAGAUCCCGCUCGUCUCGGCGGCCAUGCACGGCAUGCUCGACAUUGUUAAAUUCUUUGUGCCCCGGGUCACUCGACACGGCGGGUGGACCGAAGUGCGCAAGGCCGCGGCGGACGCGGGCCACGCCAACGUCACCGCCUACUUGGACGCCGUCCUGAAACCCUAAUUUAUCUAAUCGCUCCCUAACCUAAUAUGACUAUUCGAU